AUGACGAUGCGCAUUGCGGUCCCGUCAGACUUGGACCAGCUUGUCGAUGUCGUGCUGGCCACCAUGCCCUCGGACAAGCCGUGGCCGUAUCGGUUUAAUCGCCGCGAAGAAUUCCCCGACGACCACCGCAAGUACACCAAGAUGAUCUGGGGUAUGUUCGUUGACCCUGCUUUUGAUGACUGGGUCGUGCAGGUCAUCGAGGACACCGUCGAUGGCAAACCCACCAUCGUUGCCUUCUCCGCGUGGAAUGUCUCUUAUGUCAACAAGAGAAAGCAUGGGUCUGGAUACCAGCCUCAAAACCGUAAGAUUAUCCUCAUGGUUGUUGUUUCUCGAUCUUCACUAGGCUUCCCUUCGCUUCUUAAGUUCAUCCUGCUAAUCCCCUGCGUCCCUCCAGCCAAUCGUGAGAUGAUGGAAAACGGUGGUGCCAGCCGUCGAGACGCAGAUCCCAAGCGCAUCGUGGCCUUUAUGGAUUCGGGUUGGCUUUGUGAGCAGUACUUCGAAGCAUACGGCGAUGACAGAAUUAAGCUCCAAAUCCUGGGCACACAUCCCGACCAUCGGCGUCAUGGACAUGCCUCUACCCUUUGCCGUUGGGGCAUGGAGGUUGCGCGAAAGGAGGGACUAGUAUGCACCCUCCAGGCCACCAUUCUUGGUCGUCAAGUCUACGAGCACCUUGGUUUCACAAUCCUUGGCGAGGGCUUCAUCCAAGUGCCCGGUGAGGAAGAAAAGAUACCAUUUUGGCCUAUGGUCUGGCCCAUUCAGAAGUUAGAUGAGGAUGCCGACAAGUGA